AUGCGAAGCCCUAGCCCCAUACAAAUUUCUAAUUGGACUUUAGACGAUUUACUGCAUACGCCGUCUGGUGGAAGCAAUGCAUCAUGGGAAGACGCCUUUCGCGGGUCGUCUGCACUUUCAAACUUAGGUGUAGGUGUGGGUAGCGCACCGGUACCACCACCUAGAACGAGUAGUAGACUCUCAGUCGUGGGAGGUCCUGAUGGAACGCCUGGCACGGUGACACCUGUGGCUAGUCCUGCGGUGGCGACACGAGCGAGACGAAGAGGUAAAAGUCCCGCAGGACCUUCAGGACGAAUGAGACCCCCGAGUGCGGCAGGGGCGGCAGGGCCAAGUCGAAGACGGAGUCGGAGUAGAAGCGUGAGUCAGAGUAGUAGGAGGAGUAGCGGAGGAAGUGGGAGAAGAGGCAGAGGAGGCGGCGGCGGAGGAGGCGGAGGAGGAGGCGGAGGUGGAGGCGGAGGAGGAGGAGGAAGUGGAGAUGAUACAGACGAUACGGAUAGAACGCCUGGAGGGAGUAGAAGACGAAGACAGAUUCAAAAUUUACAGCAGAGAUUGGGUGUAUUAUUAAACGAUACGCGUCAAGCGGCGCAGGGUAGACAAAUCGCAGGCAUUACGACGACGAAUACGAUCACGACCACUUAUAAAGACGGCCGUAGACCUCAAGUGUCUCGCAAUUCAUCGUAUUCUUCGACGUAA